AUGGUUUGUUGCAUCUUCAAGGUGUAUGAUAAAUUGCGUGGAGAAAAUAAGGAAGCCUAUGAGCUAAAAGUACUUGUUAUUGGUCCUUAUUACCAUGGUGACAAAAAGCUGCAAGGGAUGGAAGAGCAAAAAUUGUGGUAUGUGCAGCAACUUCUUGAACGAAGAAAUGAGACGAGUGUGGAUAAAUACAUCAUGGCCUUGAGUGACAUGGAAGAGGGAGCAAGAUA